AUGGUAAAUCUUUUUUCUGUGGUCCUAACGAUCGUUUUAUUAAUUGUGGUUUCGGGCACUCUGAGCUACAGCCGUGUUGAGAGUCUGACAAUGGCAGUAGAAACUAUGGAAUCGGCACCGGCUACCAUCAGCGCGGCCAAUGCCACCGUUGCAGGUUCGUCCUUGCCGUUCUCAUUCUCCCCUCGACAACAAACGCAACUCCAUGACCGUCUGAACAGUUCGAGGAGAAGCCGCCUCCAUGAAGGAAAAUCGCAUGCCUCACCUCGUAGAAAGGAGGUGCCCCUGAGCCUAGUGGGCUUGUUGGUGACAGCUGUCUUGGGACUCUUACUGGGCUUUUUCAAGCUGCAUCAGUGCCGGCAACAAGCGCUGAAGACCAACAGUGAAACUGAAGGAACCAUAUUGCGGAGACUUGCAGAAGGUGGUCACGAAGAAAACGAUUGUGUAGGCUUGGGUCCCGCAUCAGGGGAUGUCGCGAACGUCGUAUACGACUAAGACUCACCAGCUCUACGCAUGCCGAGGGCGACUCGUCGGCUUUCCGUGCCCAGUGCUCACGGGCAAUCACGUCUCAGAGAAUCUAUGUUCCGGGUUUCCGCAGGACUGACUUGAUUUUCCCAGGCAGAUCCACUGCUGGUCUUGUUUGCACUAACAAGUGACCUC